AAAAUUGAAGCAUAAGUGAAGGAAGGUGAGUUUCUAAAUUCUACUAGCACGAGACAACUUAGAACAAAAUUGAAGCAUAGAAUAAUUAUCUUUUAGCAACAAAACAAAUAGCUACGAAUCCUUCCUGAAGUGUGUAACAAGUAAAAGUCCCAACACAACGCGCGAAUCUCGUGCUUCUGUUGAGUUACUCCGUUUCGUUUGGGAAUUGGAAAUCUUCUCCAUUCUCCACUUUACUCUUCCGGGAAGCUUGAUGGUGAUUGUCAUGUCGAUGCUUGAAAGCGGAAGAAGUUUUUCAAACAUCACAUAAGUAUAAAUUUUCUCUUAUAAGAGUGUGAUUUAUCUUGUGAAAAAUCUCAAAUAAAAGCUGUUUUGGAUUCACAAAGGGCAGAAAAUGAGUGAUGCAGAAAAUCAAUUAUAUUCUUUGGGAAACAAGUGGAAACCAGACAGCUAUAAAACUUACCAUGGUAAAGAUCCCAAUCCUGGAAAUGAUCUUUGGACAGAUGGACUUAUCUGUGCUUUUGAAUUUGUUAGAGGACAAAAAAGACCAGUUACAUCGAGGUCUGCGUCAAAGAUCGUAAACAGAUUACAUUUUGACUGCCAGCAUUCAAAGAUGCGGACCCCGUCAAAUGGUUUAACGGAGGCUUCUUCCACGAGACCACAUAAAAAGAAGCUCUCAAGGGGCAGUUUAUUUGAUGCUUCCGAUGAUGACAAAGAGGGCCAGGUACUUCAGGCUGGUCAAUCUAAUGCCCCGGAAAAGCAUGAGGGUAAUCAUUGGGUACCAAUUGGAUGGUCCAGAAUUUCAGAACUUGUUCAAGCAGUUCAGGUUGAUGCUGUCUGGUCUUCUCAUCAAUUUGAAUUUGAGGAUUCUGAAGAUGAUUUUACUGUAGCAGAUUUGGCAGCUCCCUAUUGGGAGCGUCCGGCUGGGCCUAUAUGGUGGUGCCAUGUUUCUGCAGGUCACCCUUCUGUUGAGUCUUGGCUUGGCAAUGCUCAAUGGCUACAUCCUGCUGUUAAUUUAGCAUUGAGAGAUGAAAGUAGACUUAUAAGCGAGCGGAUGAAACACCUUCUCUAUGAGGUUCCAGUCAGAGUUGCAGGAGGACUAUUAUUUGAGCUCUUGGGACAAUCAGUGGGUGAUCCUCUUGUUGAAGAAGAUGAUAUUCCAAUUGUGCUUAGGUCUUGGCAAGCACAAAACUUCCUAGUAACUGUAAUGCAUGUAAAAGGUUCAGUGUCAAGGAUAAAUGUUCUGGGUAUAACAGAAGUUCAGGAGCUCCUUUCUGCUGGAGGAUAUAAUGUGCCAAGAACAGUGCAUGAAGUUAUAGCACAGCUUGCUUGCCGUCUCUCACGGUGGGAUGAUAGGUUAUUCCGGAAAUCUAUAUUUGGGGCAGCAGAUGAGAUUGAGUUGAAGUUUGUGAACAGGAGAAACCAUGAAGAUUUGAAUCUUUUUGUUAUAAUUUUAAAUCAAGAAAUCAGAAAGUUAUCAACACAGGUUAUCAGAGUGAAGUGGUCACUCCAUGCAAGAGAUGAGAUCGUGUUUGAGCUUCUCCAACAUCUGAAAGGUAAUGGAGCAAGAAACUUGUUGGAGGGAAUAAAAAAGACCACAAGGGAAAUGAUUGAAGAGCAAGAAGCAGUUCGUGGCCGCUUGUUUACCAUUCAAGAUGUUAUGCAGAGCACUGUUCGAGCAUGGUUGCAGGACAGAAGCCUAAGGGUGACUCAUAAUUUAGCUGUAUUUGGUGGUGUUGGCGUUGUCCUCACCAUCAUCACUGGUUUAUUCGGUAUCAACGUCGAUGGAAUACCCGGGGCAGAAAAUACACCAUAUGCAUUUGGUGUCUUCACAGCCAUCCUCAUCUUUUUAGGAGCAGUGCUGAUUGUAGUUUGCCUGGUUUACCUUGGGCUGAAAAAACCCAUUGCUGAGGACCAGGUAGAAGUUAGGAAGCUUGAGUUGCAAGAAUUGGUGAAGAUGUUUCAGCAUGAAGCAGAGACUCAUGCGCAAGUUCGAAAAAAUGUUUCGAGGAAUAACUUGCCUCCUACUGCUGGUGAUGCUUUCUGCAGAGAUGCAGACUAUCUUGUCAUACGAUAGACAUUAUUUAUUGUAAGCAUGACUUAAUAAUAUCCACUACAUUUUUUCGAGCAAAAUUUGAUUAGUUGUAAAAUAUUAUUCGAAACUGUUGUAAAAUAGUUAUUAAUAAAAAAUUAUCCUUUCCCCAAAUUAAAAUAAUAACAA